AUGUCUGUCGCAGCUGGGCUGAGGCAAAUCCUCCCGGAGCCGACGCAGCAAAGCUUCGAUGAGGACAUCUCAGCUACUCAAAAAGAGCGAACGCAGGCAUUAGUUGCAACUCGAAAGGAGCCACCUCCAUACGGCGCGCGAGCCGGUUAUGUUCCCCGAACAAUUGCCGACUUUGGCGAUGGAGGUGCAUUUCCAGAAAUUCAUGUGGCCCAGUUUCCCCUCGGCAUGGGCAAGCCAAAGACAAAGAAGUCGAAUGCGCUGGCUGUGCAUUUGGAUCAAGACGGAAAUGUCAAGUACGACGCGUUGGUGAAACAGGGACACACAGACAAACGCGUCGUGCACUCCAAGUUUUCAGACUUGGUUCCAAAGGAGAUCCUUGAUGCGGAUGAUGCUUCGCUUCAAAUACCAGAUCAGGAUAAACUCGAUGAAAACACGCAACGAACACGAGACGCACUCGAAAAGAUCUGUAACGACAAGAUUUCAGCCUCGAUGCCAGGCCAAUGCGCCAAGAAACAAGCACCAGCUCAAUACAUCAGAUACACUCCUUCCGAACAAGGGCACGGAUAUGCCGGAGGAGCGAAGCAGCGGAUCAUCAGAAUGGUAGAAGUGCAGGUCGAUCCAAUGGAACCUCCGCGAUUCCGCACGAACAAAAAGAUCCCACGAGGUCCUCCCUCGCCACCAGCGCCAGUGAUGCACUCCCCGACUAGAAAAAUUACGCAAAAGGAACAAUUGGAAUGGAGGAUUCCUCCUGCCAUCUCAAACUGGAAGAAUCCGAAGGGUUACACAAUUCCUCUGGACAAACGACUGGCAGCAGAUGGUCGUGGUCUUCAAUCGACGCAUAUCAACGAGAACUUUGCUAAACUGUCCGAAGCACUGUACAUUGCUGACAGAAAAGCGAGAGAAGCGGUUGAAAUGAGAAGCCAAGUUGAGAAGAAAAUCGCCAACAAAGAAAAGGAAGGAAAAGAAUCUGAACUGCGUGAACUGGCCAAAGCCGCGCGCGCCAAACGAAGCGGCCUCGCCAAAAGUCCCAAGAAAGAAAACGAAGUCAACGACGAAGACGAAGUGCGCGAGCGUGACGAAAUCAGACGCCAACGUCACGAGCAGCGGAAGCGAGAGCACAACAUUGCCCGCGCCGCGCCUGGAAAACAAAAGGAGCUCCGCUCGCUCGAGGACAGAGAUAUCUCCGAGCAAGUCGCGCUCGGCCUCCCGGCGAAGAAAUCUGGAGGCGAUGCGUUGUUCGAUCAGCGGUUGUUUGGAACGAGCAAGGGAAUGGAUACAGGAUUUGAUCAUGGAAACGACGAAGCUUACAAUAUCUACGAUAAGCCUUGGCGCUCCGAAACGACGCUUUCGAACCACCUUUACCGGCCGCCUAAAAACCGGGACUUGGACACUUAUGGCGAUGAUAUAGAAGAAAUCGCGAAGCAGAAGCGCUUUGUUCCAGACAAGGGCUUUGAAGGAGCUGAUGCUUCGGCGCCAAGAGGAUCUGGACCUGUUCAGUUUGAAAAGGAUAUCUUUGGUGUGGACGAAUUGCUGGCGGAUGUUAAGAGGGGGAACCAGGCCGAUAGAAUCUACUAG